AUGAAUGCACCUCUGUCAUUUCACGCUGAAGAUGUUGAAGAAGACAUGGAGGAUCACAAUGACCCCUUGGUACUCACGUUUCCAGUAUCAGGAUGCAACAUAAAGAAGGUUCUGAUCGAUGGAGGAAGCUCAGUCAACGUUCUAUUUUACGAUACAUUCAAACAUAUGGAAUUGAAUUACGAACAACUGAUGUCUUCUUACUACACCAUAUAUGGAUUCAAUAGCGCCCCAACGAAGCCAUUAGGAGACAUCUUCUUAGAAGUCAAGGCAGGACCGAUGAAGGUUAGUACCCAAUUCAGCGUAGUGGACACACCAUCCCCCUAUAACGUCAUCAUCGGACGAAGAUGGGUGCACAAAAUCAAAGGAGUAGAAGCAACAUAUCACAAAUACCUUAGGUUCCCAACACCCGAAGGGGUAAUAGAAAUCAAGGGUGAUCAAGUCACGGUACGAGAAUGUCAAGCUUUACAAAACCAACUUAACAGUGAACAAGAUGAGCAACGUAAAGCCCGAAGAGGCAAAAAAAAAGCAGCCGCUAAAGACAAGGCAAUCAAUAUGUACCUCGAAGAAAUCUCAGAGAAAAACCUAACGAAGGAUAGCAUCGUUCUAGCUACUGAAGCAGGCGUCUCAGGGGAAAAGGGGGCUAAAAAGCCUACCAAAUAG